AUGGAGGAAGAGAGCCGGAAGAGGACAGCACACAGCCCCGCGCUCUCUGAAGGAACGCUCCCUGAAGGUGCUAAGGACAGCGCCACUGAUUUCUACUGGCCAGAACUGAACUAUAAUCUUCAUGAGGAAGAAGGGUCAUGUCUGAGUCUCUUAGGAUCUGGCAGCUGUUCUUGCCGAGAAAAGUGGAUUGGCUACCAAUGCAGCUGUUACUUCCUUUCUAGUGAAUCAAAAACAUGGAAAGACAGUAGAAAUUUUUGUGUUUCUCAGAAUUCCAGUCUACUUCAGAUACAAGACAGAAAUGAACUGCAUUUUAUGAAAUUCAUUUCCUAUUAUUACUGGAUUGGACUCUCUUACAGUGAAGAACAUCAUGCCUGGUUGUGGGAGGAUAAUUCUACUGUCUCCCAAGAUCUAUUUCCAUCCUUUCACCGUCUAAAUCCAAAGAACUGCAUAAUAUACGGCCGAAGCGGAAAAGUUUUGGAUACAGACUGUGGGAGUCAACAUCGUUAUGUCUGUAAGCAACAGCUUAUUUAG